AUGGUAGAUUUGGCCUCAAGUGCUGAAUCAAUCUUAGACGCCACCGGGCAACAGAACGAAGCGAAGCAAAGCAUAAUUCUGGACAAACCACUGGGUUUCUCUGACCCUAUGAAUUCGGUCAAAGGUCCCGCCAGCCUUCCAUUGAAAGAAAAACUUAAGCAAAGAUCGCGAAAAAGGCUUCUUCGUGUCUCCUGGGCUGGGAUAGGCCACAAAGGGAAGCAGAAGGUGCAUGACCGGCUGUUAAACGGCCAAACAAGGGGCGGCUUAAAGCAGCUUCUGAACUCGAUCACUCAAAGAGCUGUUAGGCCCAAAGAUCUACUGGCCUUACGAAUUCCCCCUCUGCUUUUCUGGUCAUUCUCUGCCCGAGUCCGCCUCAUCUUAUUGAUGAUGUAUCCUGGUUUCGGGGUGGAGUGCCAGUUCCAGCCGAGGGAAGAGGUGAAUACUAGACAACACUCUAAUGCAUUUUUCCGGCUCGGAAAGAAAAAACCUCUGAUGCUUCUUUUCGACUCUUUUUUUUGUGCUUUUCGGUAUGCCAGUGAGAGAUCUGUUUCGAUGGCCUCCGAUCACUGUCAAAGCCGGUUUCCCGAUCCCUAA